UCUGGAGGAUGGGCCAGUGUGCUGCUUCUAGCUUUCAGGCUCGUUCUGUACAUUCUUGCUUCUGUGGAGCACCGAAAGCAGCGUGUGCAGCCUGUGAAGCCUCAGCUUUUGCAAUUGAGAGAUUCAAGAGUCGGAUGCUGAGCCUGAAUGUUUAUAACCUGCAGGAUUUUUCAUUUACUGUAGUGCCUGUACAUUUCAAGACAAUAAGGAAGACUUGACCAGACGAGGAAAAGAGGCUUUAAUUUCAGCCAGAGGUAUGGAUGUAGGACGUGGAUUCUAUCGGCAUGUGGACGUCCCGGACCAUGUUCACUACAUCGUCGCCUUCUUUGUCUUAGUGAUCGGAGCUGUGGGAGUUACUGGGAAUGCCUUGGUCAUGUAUGCUUUUUCCUGUGACAAGAAGCUUCGAACGCCUCCCAACUUCUUCAUCAUGAACCUGGCCAUCAGCGACUUCCUGAUGGCGAUCACACAGUCGCCAAUCUUUUUUGUUAACUCUCUCUAUAAGGGCUGGAUUUUUGGGGAAACAGGCUGUAAAAUAUAUGCCUUCUGUGGAGCUUUAUUUGGAAUCACCUCGAUGAUAAACCUUCUGGCCAUCUCAAUAGACCGCUAUAUAGUCAUCACCAAGCCUUUGCAGUCCAUAGGAUGGACUUCAGCGAGACGCACUUGCCUCAUAAUAGCCCUGGUGUGGCUUUAUUCACUUGCCUGGAGCCUUGCACCACUUUUGGGGUGGAGUUCCUAUAUACCUGAGGGCCUGAUGACCUCUUGUACGUGGGACUAUGUGACAUCCACUCCAGCCAAUAAAAGUUACACUUUGAUGCUGUGCUGCUUCGUGUUCUUCAUCCCUCUCGGCAUCAUAUCCUACUGUUAUUUAUGCAUGUUCCUGGCAAUCCGCCAUGCAAGCAGAGAUGUGGAGCAGUUGGGGUCUCAGGUGAGAAAGUCAACCCUGGUCCAGCAGCAGUCAAUCAGGACUGAAUGGAAGUUGGCAAAGAUUGCCUUUGUGGUCAUCAUAGUGUUUGUACUUUCCUGGUCACCUUAUGCAUGUGUCACACUCAUCGCCUGGGCUGGAUAUGCAAACAUUCUCAAUCCAUACUCCAAAGCUGUCCCUGCUGUUAUAGCAAAGGCAUCUGCAAUCUAUAACCCUUUUAUCUAUGCCAUCACUCACUCCAAAUACAGGGACACCCUAGCAGAGAGGGUCCCAUGCCUACACUUCCUGGCCCAGGCCCCCAAAAGGAACUUCAUUUUGGUGUCAAACAGCAAGUCCUCCAUCAGGGACUCAGUGCUUAGCCGGCAGUCGUCAGUCUCCAAAUCGCAGUUUCAGAGAGUUUCCUCCAUGUCUACAACAGACACACAGGUUUGCAGUGACAUGGAGCUGGACUCUAUAGAUCAGAGUCAUUGUCCCAACAUCAGUUAUUCCCCUGGAGGUUUAAGGGCAAAAGAACAUGAACUGUCCAAGGAGAAGGAAAGUCCAUAUAGGGAAAAGACUGCUACUCCAGAGCAAACUUCACAGAAAAAUGUGUCCUCAGCGUAUCACAUCCGUUUAUCAACAGAAUAGAUGCUCUUGGAGGAAGAGCUCCUUGGAAGCUGAACCAAACAGAGAAAGCCGGGAGAUGAAUGAAGCAUUUCAGUGUGAAGAAACUGAGGCGCGGCAGCUACAGAAAGAGAAAAAACAAGGAUGAGUCACGGGUCCUAGAAACUUUGGACAAUACCUUAUGUGUGUUUUUCCCCUGAGUGGUCAGAUCCGACUCAAAGAAAAGCCUGCAGUAGUAUGAGUAAAAGGAGGAUGAUGCACAAUGCCUACAGGAAGAAGGUUGUUUGCUUGCAACCUCUGGACUGCUCUGCUCAGCAAAUAAAGACUACAAACAUUUCUGAAGCACAACUUUGUACACAACAGCUCAUUCAUAACUGAUUGGAUCCGUGUUUCCGGGCGUUUGACUGAGACUGCAGGUUUUACUGAAACACACCGGAGCAAAAAGUAAAACUCUUUUCACCAAAGGCACUAAGUCUGCAUUUGUCAGGAUCUGUUGACUCCAUGAUAUCAUCAUUUCAUCUGUGUUAAUGGAAAAAAAAAAAAUUUUGCUCUUUGUGAAAUCACGUGCACUGUAAAAAAUAAAAAUAUUCAUGUGUUUUCUUUACAUUUCCAAUGUUGUUCAAGCUGAUCACAAAAACAAAUAAUAUGGACAAUUUAAAUAUUUAGAGAUUGGAAAGAGCUAAGUUCAAAAUCAUUUAUCAUGUUUAUAUCUCAUUUAUGUGAACAAACUAAUGAUUACACCUAUUUGGGAACAUUUAUUCUUCAGACAAGCUUACAUUCCUGGUUUAAAUCAUGACUGAAAAUCAGGUCCAAGGAAAGCUCUCUUACUUAUCAGCACUGCUGGUAAAGAUGUAUGAAAAGCUUUAAAAAUGAAUGUAUCUUUUCUUGCUAUUGACUAAUCAGGCAGUCAAAAAGCUGCAGCAGUUCUCUCUCUCUCUCUCUCUCUCUCUCUCUCUCUCUCUCUCUCUCUCUCUCUCUC